GCGCGUUUCAAAUUGCUAGUUUCGAUAAAUUUUUUCCGCAGACUCGACACUGUCAAAGAGAGACAUAUCGCGUUGCGUUUUCAUCGUGCUCUGCGAAUGAACGCAAAUCAGUUUCGCUGGAACCGAGCAUGGUUCGGAUUCGACAUGAUUUCCGUGAAUCAGGCGUACAUCUCCCGGCUUGUCGACGUCUUGUUUUCCUCGCGAAUACAGUGAAAAGUGCGUGCUUGAAUUCUACCCACCUGUGCAACCGCGAGGUACCCUCAUAACCGAUAUCCACAUCAUUUUGCUUCCGGGCUCGGGUGAACCAUCGCCUGGAAUCCUAGGGAGACCAUGAAGUGGAAAAAUGCCUUUUAUUCGUGCUACUUGGGAUCUCUUAUCAUCAUAGCACAUUUUUUCUCCCUUUUCUCUUCAACACACGCUUGCAAGUUCCCAAAAGAGUGGCAUGGAGAAUGGUUCGACUCAGACCAAAAGACAUCUAUCACCAUCAAUGAAAACUCCUUUGGAGCAAAAGGAUCAUGCUACAAUUCAGAUCGGUCUCCUUACUACCUUAUGGAGCAGAAGAGCUCCGGACAAACUUUUUAUCAAUGCCUCCUGAUCCUGCUGAACCAGGAAAAUGUCAUUCAAUUCAGAGAGACAUGGGCGGAACAAUUUGAUACACCACCAACAUCCAGCAUAUGCAGUGAACUUGAUGUCAACAAUCCCCUUCACUACUUAUUCCGGGUGGAUGCCAAACCAACUGCGUGCCCUUUCAUAAAUCCACCAUUUUCAUUCUAUUAUACAAAAGGAGAGUCAAGGGCUUGUGAUAAUCCCCCAUCAAAGAUAAGCGCAUGUGCAGAUAACUCAAAGUUACUUUUGCACUAUUCCGCGUGCACUGAUAUUCAAGGGUCUGAAAGCUAUCUGGAAGAACUGACGUGUCUUGGUACAUGGAGGAUUGGCUCUUCAGCCUACCUGGUGGCGAAAGUUCAUGAUCGAAAUGAACCAAAUUUUUAUGACAGCGGGAAGUAUAAGUGCUAUCUCUAUGAGAAUAUCACAGAUCCUAAAGAUAAUAAAGUAGUCGGUUACAAAAUUGCGCAGUCUGAAGCGUCGUGUAGUGGAUUGUCCUCCAUUAAUGAUGGUGCAACUAUGAUGACUUUGCGUCGUGAAGUCCAAAGGCAUGUGAAUUGCAAGUUUCCAUCAUGGAUUGUUGAGCAAAAAAAAUGGAGGGCCUUAAAUGCACCUAUUGAAUAUACAUUUUCCUCAAGCAAUGCCACGAAAGUGUCAUCAGGCAGGGAGUCCACCGUAGUUUGUCACUCCAUAGAGGCUUCUGAAAAUUUGAAACAUAGUUUCAUAGUUGUCAAAGUAAUGACUGGCUGUGAUGUAAGUUAUAAAUGUAUGCUUUUUCAAAGGCGAGACCCACAUAUCAUGGAGAUUCAGGAAGCAUCGCAAGGGGAAGACAAUUAUAUCGACACUUGCCAUGAUUCAAAGUUUGAUCCAAGUACUCUACCCCUUGUCACAUACGUGACUGAAAAUCUUCCACCACGAAAGUGUCCUCUAUUGCCCAAACUGGUCAGUGUUCCAGAAGUUAAGACUUGCAAAGAGGAGGUCUAUCAUCAAGUUUCAAUUGGGUGUGGUCCCAAGCCAGAAAAAGUAGAAUUCAAACAGCCAGAUCAGUGUCAAAAUCACACCGCUGUCGGUACGUAUUUAGAGUUUAUGUGUCAUGGACACUGGGAAGCAAAGCGGAUAAACUCGUCAGAGGUUGUUGGUUACAUCCUUGGCACACCCUUACGAACAGACAAAGAUAAAUACAUUUGUUUCUCGUACACAAAGAAAAAUGAAGUGUAUAGUCUUCGAGCAACGACUCCAACGUGUUAUGAGUCCAGAGCCUUGUUCACAUUCCAGCUCAAAAGCAAUGGCCACUGCCAGGCUGUCGAGACUCGUUCAGGAAAUGAUAUCGAUGGCGACGGUGAAUCUUGGGAAAGUGCCAACAAAAGCGCAACUCUGGUGAUCUCUGCACUCCAUUUUGUCAUCGCUUACCUACUCAGUAUUCAUAUCAGAUGAUCAGUGUUCUCUUUUAUAAAUUAGUCGCUAAUCUUCAAUAUUUUGUUGACUUAAAAGCUCUCCGGUGAAGUUUUGAAACAGGGUAUUUAUACGUUUCAGAGUUGAAUUCACUGACAUUUUUGUCAGGUUCCUCUCAAUGUUAACUGGUUCUCUCAUAUUUUUUCCGGUGAUUUGUCAUCUACCCGUGAUUUUGGUUAUUAGAAAUUUUUAUAUUUGUUUCGUUUGUUCUCUGUCGAUCUGUAGAGCAGUCAAACGUAGCUGUCAAAUGAUCAAGGCUUUUGGAAAGACCCAUCAAUGUUCAUAAAAUUUUUUAAUUUGAAUACUUUUUUUCAGGUUUCUUCGAAUUCGGCUGGUAACCUAAGGUUAACCCAGGUUUCAUUUAUCAGAAAACCUAGGUCUUUCGUUGUUAAAGCUAAUGAAACUUAGUUCUGAUUGAAUUUAUUUUACGGUCCAAUCUGCAUUUAACUAUUUUUUUCACGAGUUCUAUGCCUUGAAAAUUUCGUCUUUUUCCAUCUUAAUCAGUUUGGAAGCAGCGAAUAAUAAUUUGUUGCUGUGACAUUUGUCUGCUUUGUGUUGAAUGACCGUUGUAUUCUCACUCUCAAGCAUUUUCCAAAAAAUAAGAAGUAACCAAAGUGACCAAGCAGUGACUAUCCUUAAUCUAAGGUAGAAUUUUGAAUUUGAAAAACUUACCUUACUCAUGAACGAGACUGAUUGUUUUUUCCUCAGCUGUAGUUUCAAUUCACCUAGUUAAAUUUUCUAUCCUUCCUAAGGCAUUUUUGCCUUUUAUUAAGAGAAAAUAUGUUUUCUACAACAUGGUCUUCAUCAUUUUGAACCUGGUUUUAUUUUUUAUUUUUUUGGCUAAAUGUUGUGAACCAAAAUUUUAGAAAAGUUCUAAUUUCAAUUCAUUUUUCUGAUUUCAUUUUUAUCUGAAACUAAACGAAACAGAUAUCAAAGGUGCAUAUAGCACGUAUUUUCUUGGCGUAGACUGUCUCAUUUGUUUUCUUUGUUCAAAAAUCCUGAAAACUUCAUUGAAUUUAAUUUAGCUGAAAGGAAGUUGUCAGCAAUUAAAAGCUUGAUUUGGGACAUGAUGAAGGUUUUUAUCGGAAUUCCAUUUGGAAGUAUUGUCAAUUUAGUUCCAGUCAAACUUAUCUCUCCGUCCUUAAAUCCUUUCUCAAGGAGUUCGCAGUUGUUCCUUUGGCAUGCCAUCAAGUGAAUGGUCGCAGCAAAAUUAGUUCCUUUCGAAAUUGCAUUUAGCUUCGGAAACAGACUAUUCUAAAUUGCGUUUUGUUUUACUUUUUGUUUUCAAAUUUGUAAAUUGUGUACUAUUUCUAGGAUAAGAUUUUGCACCUUUUUAUACGUGAGGCCCAAGUUUCGAAGAAUUGCAAUUAGACGCAGCUAAACACUAUCAUUGAAACGUUCAUAUGCUUUUAUUAUUUUAGAUUUGAGAAUGCUUUUGGAUACUUACCGCAAAUUAUUCUUGUGUUCUUAGGUAAUUAGUACCUAUUUGGUUUGAAUGAUCGCCUCUUAUUUUACAUUCUCGUUUUAUUGAAAGGAAUGUACUAUAUUUCUCGAAAGUAGAAAAUUUUUUAGAUUUUUGGAAAAGCAAAUCUAUCAUUUUGAUUGAAAAUUUCUUAGUUUUCCAUCUGCGUUUGCAUUUUUUAGUUUCUAUCUUUGUUCAUCUGUUAUUCUUUACAGAGAUAUUGAAUAGUGUACUUUUUCCAAAAAUUGGAGAUUCGUCAGGAAUCUUCUUGCAAUUCAAUCGUGAUAACCAAGUUAUCCGCUGUUCAGUUAUCGUAGUGUAUCUAAAGAAAUACUGCAUGAAGUAGUCUUGCUGCACAGUCAUUGAUAGAGUUUGUGAAACAAUUAUUUUUUACUUUUGUAUUUCAUUUUUAUCAGUCUUGGUCAUAAAACUGUAUCUAUAUGCAUAGCGUGUUGUUGAGAUGAAUCAUUUUGAGCUGAUAAAAUUUCAUGGAAAUUAAAUAACAGCCACGCUGAUUAAGAAUGGAUGGUUGACCAUUACAAUCUCGAAUAUGUUUUUAAGUUUAAGUACCUGAAAAUGGCCAAAAAUCAUAUUACUAGUAAAAACAUCCCUUUUGCAUUCUCAAAAAAUUUACGAACUUUUUAAAAAGAACCAAACCAAAAUUCAGUCAUUGAUUAUUUACUUCCUUUAUGUACUUGAAUACUUUCUUGUGGGUUUCUCUAUGUAAUAUUUGGCUGUCUAAUGUCUUCAUUUCCUUUCGCAACAAUUUUUUCCUCCUCAUUUGCCUCAGGACUACCUGAAAAUUUCAAAAUUUUGUUUACGACCUGCAAAUAUUAUUUUUAUAGUUAGUGUCUCAUUUCACCCCAAAAUUUUGAGGUCAAUUUAGCCAUGAGUACUAAUUCUCAAUUCUCAGGUUCCAUCUGCAAUUUUAGAGCAAUACAUUGUUUUAUCUGAAAUAUUCUGUAAGAAGGAAGCAAUCAUAAAAAAAACACUAAAAAUCAGAAUCAUUAUAAAAAUCAGACCUCUAUGAAUAUUUUAGAUCAGCGCCUUUUAUUUUCAAGCGCACUUUAAGCAUGUCCCCCCAAGAGAAAUUAGAAAACUGAUCCGUCAUCAAUCAAAACUGUCAGAAAACGGAAUUUUUAAAACAUUUUUAACGGCUCAAAAUGAUAUUUCUUAUCGCUUGAUUACUUGCCGUAAGCAAGUUGUGUAAAAUACUAUCGGGAUACUGUUGUAUAUAGAUGGAUGGGACCAUUUUUUGUGAUAUUCGUUUUAAAUUGAAAAAUUAUUUAUACUUCUUUUUAUGUCUGUGUUUACUUUUUCACUUUUGUAAAUAGAUACUCUCUGUAAACAAUGUCUAGAGCUGCUUACUCGUUUUGGUUUUCGCGAAUCUUGCCUUGAAGUCAUUACUAAGCUUGAUUGAAUGCUGUACACUCCUCGUGUUUUCACACUCACAGUAAUAGCCAGCGUUAGAUUGGUUCACCAACUUUUAGAACAAUACAUAGGUUUUUUAAAUAGCUUAAUGAUUCUAGUUUAAGUACAGAUUUUAAAAUGUCAGUUUUCCCACUUAGCAAGUCUGAAAAUGAGGGAAACAAUUUGACGCUGGCAUUAACUUAAUUUUAAUUUUUAAGUCGUAAUCAAACUACCCAGUGAGCCAUAAUUCUUUCUUUCGUCCAUCAAUCCAACUUGUACGCUUCAAAUUUAAAGACCAGAAAAACUGUGUUUUACGGUGAACAGAACUAUGAAGCAUAAUUCAUUUGCACAUAGUCCGUUCAGAGUAAAUACAUCCAAGAGAACUUGUCUGUAGCCGGAUUUUUUAAUUUUCAACCAAUUAUUUUUAAAAUACAAAAAAAGGAAACUGAGCAGCCACGAUUAAAUCAAUAAUGCUAAUAAUCGAGAGUAGACUCUUUUGUGCUGGCCUUGAUUAAUUUAAAAGUGAAUAAGUUUUGUCUUGAAGCUUGAAGCUUUAUUAUUCAGCUUUGUCUCUGCAGGACGCUUUCUCGCAAUUUGUUGAUUAUUUUAAAAUAUUAUUGUUGAUUAAUUUAAAAUUGAAUAAGUUUUGUCUUGAAGCUUGAAGCUUUAUUAUUCAGCUUUGCCUCUGCAGGACGCUUUCUCGCAAUUUGUUGCUACAAAAAUGUGCGUUAACAUCGAAAAAAAUGAUAAAAUCAAUCUUUCCAUCAUGCUCAAGUCUGUUUGCCCAUGCAGUUGUUAUAUUUUAACAAAUUACUUGUCCUGCCAGCGACAUUUUUUCAUGAGUCACAGGUUUUGGUAAAUGCUUGAAGUAGCUUGUAAUGAAUUCUGUGAGGUCAUUCAGGCUUCAACCCCAAAAUUUUAUGAGUUUCCUUGUUUUCCCCUCGCUUAUUUGGGCCACUUCCUAGUGUUUUUUUUCUCUCCUCUGUCAUACUGCACUGUCCUUAUACUGUAUCGAAAAGCCAUUUUAAUCUGUACAAUUCUCAUUGAUUCAAAUCGCUGCGAGCAACUUUUCCUUGUCAAACUGUAGAUCUGGGUUACAGAUAAACAGCAGCCAAAAAUCAAGUUAGUUUUGCUUGAGUUUUGUUUAUUCCAUGUUAAACAGCAAGUUUGGAAUUCUAGUUUUUUUAAAUUUUAUUUUUGUAUCAAUGUGAAUACGCUUUACAUUCUUGUACAGAUUUUUUUGUAAAUAAAAUAAAAUUCAAACAAAAAUCGAA